UCGGAUCACAGACAUUUCAGAGAAAACAAUCAGAUUCAUCCACUUAUGGCUACGUUAUAAUAGGUGAAUAGCAUCUGAUAAUUGUGUGUGUGAAACUAUUAAUGAAUGGAACACUCGGAACUGUUGAUUCGCUGUUCAGUUUUUUCUUCUUAAUAAUGUGACAGGGUGUCAUAACAGUGUUCAUAAAGCGUUUGGAGUGGACUCACCGCUGACUGGAUUUUCUAAGGAAUCGGUCUAUUUGUCGCAAUGAACGCAUGAAAUGAACACUAAUGUGCAGAUCAACUUGAAUCAAUGUGAACGGGGCACUGUGUAAACAUUUUCGAAGAAAUACGAGAAAAACAGAUGUUGACAAAUCCAAUGAGAUUAAAAGAGUGACUUGGAGUUUGAGAUUUAAUCUAUACAUCAUAACAAUGUGUACAGGAAUAGGUUAAUUGCUAUUGAUGGCUGUUUGCUAGAAUUUAGCCUUGCUAAAUUACUAGAAUCAAAUUCCUAAUAGCGUUUUUAUGUUCCAAAGAAAUGAAUGAUAGUUAAUGGAAAACAAUUUGUUAAUAUUUUUGAAUGGAGUUCCCAGAUGCAUUUUCGUCGAGGUAUGCAUAGCCAGACACUGCGGUUAAGCAUAUUUAAGGACACUUUCUUAAAAACCGAAUACCAUAUACACUAUAUGUCCACGUCUUAACGUGGUGGAUAAAAGACCACGUGGUUUAUCACGUGACAGGAAGUCUGAAUGAAGGAAUGCGGAUCUCAAUAGUUGCGCUCCUCCUGUUGGCAUGGAGCAGUUACCAACUUCCGGUUUACUGUACUCCGAUUAACGUGGGAGUGUUAGCCUCAGCCUUCUCCGUCUGGACAGACAUUAUCAAUAAUUACGGGUAUCAGAAGGGUUCCACAUUGAUAGAAUCUGUCCACCUGAACGACACCGGGCCGUUAACAUUAGCAAGCAUGGAGACAGUGUUCGAUUCCAUCAAGGACUCCAACAUUGUCUCGAUUGUUGGACCCUACAACCACAUGAUUUCUUCCGUUACCGAGCACCUUCGGAUCCCUUAUUUUAUUACAACCCCAGUGCCCCUUCUCGACCCUGCGUCACCUUUCCACGUCCGGAUGAUUCCGGACGCUUCUAUCUUCACAACUGCCAUAAGGGAUUUGUUUCAACAUUACGGGUGGAAAUCCGCAGGUGUCCUGUACAAUACUCGUCAAGGUUCUGGUAUUGCUGCUCUUAUUAUGGAACAUCUUCAUGGCCGUCGGGACCUCUAUGAUAUUAGAGCUUACGACGUGCAGCGGAACUCAUCGGCGGAGGUGGUGCGAUGGGCACUAAAGGACCUUAGACGAAAACUUGUUACUAAUUUCCUUGUCAUAUGCUCACCUGAUGUAACCGAUGUUGUUUUGACUCAGGCUUUAUACCUGAGUCUUCUAUCCCGUCCAAAUAGUUGGCUUAUUGUGAACUUGGGCUCUGGAGAUAUCGAGUUGUCACAGUUCAUAGAUUCAAGAGCCAAUCUUACACUCAUACGCCUUAUGGUUGAUCCGCAAUCGUCCCACUGUGCCUUAACUGACAGAGACAUAAGCCUUACAAAAGCCGUGUACUAUGAUGUGUUCAGAAUCAUCAAUGGUACACACAAUAAUGAAAACGAUAAUCGCAUUUCCCGCUCAGAUCUACGCAGGCAGGUCAAAACGCAGGUGGAUAUCAAUGGGUGCACAGGUGUGGUGAACUUCACUAGGGAGGGUAGGAGGAACCAAACCUACCUGCAAAUGAUCGCCCUGGAGGGUCUCAUAAAUGGAGUGAUAAGAACAGAAUUACAAUCAGGUACGUGGUACAGCGGAGCAGCCAACCAGGCGCUACGAGUGCAACCCUCGCGUUCCUAUAGCAACAUUCUCACAAGCAAUAGUGACAUAUUUGCAGAUAAAGUACUGAGGGUCACUACACUUAUCGAACCACCGUUUAUUCAGUGGAAAAACAAAACUCCCGAAGAGGGCCUCAUGAUGGGUAAUGACAAGUUUGAAGGAUUUUGUAUCGAUCUGCUCGAGGAAAUCGCCAAAAUGCUCAAUUUCCAGUAUAAUCUAACACUAGUUCCUGACAAGAAGUUCGGCAGUUUAAAGCCGGCUCCACGCUAUUGGACAGGCAUAAUCAGACAGCUAGUAGACGAUAAAGCGGACAUUGGCCUAGCUCCAUUCAGUAUUACUCCAGAUAGAAGCGCUGCAGUAGACUUCACAAAACCAUUUCUAACAAAAGGCACCAGUGUCGUGGUCCGAAAGCCUGAGCGCAGUGUCUGGCCUUUCCAGUUCCUGUCUCCUCUUUCCAAGCUUGUCUGGAUUGCAAUAUUCUUAUCCUUCGUCUUUGUCGGAUUCUUUCUUUUUGGCGUCACACGGAUAACCAACGAUGCUAAAACGUAUUUUAUGAUAGAUUUACGAGACAGCUUUUGGUACGUUUGGGGGACCCUGCUCAGAGCGGAACUUAGCGGAUCUCCUAUGUCAACAAGUGGAAGAAUUAUUAGUGCCUCAUGGUGGUUCUUUAGUUUAAUUAUCAUAUCAAUAUAUACCGCAAAUUUAGCCGCAUUUUUGACUAUAUCAAACGCACAAAUACCGAUCAGUUCUGCAGCGGAUUUAGCUGGGCAAGACGAAUAUAACUACGGGACUGUUGAAGGGGGUCAAAUUGAAAUGUUUUUCAACCAUACCAAAAUCAGUCAUUACCAACACAUGAGAGCCUAUAUGAUGGUAUAUAAUCCUGACUCUAAAGUGCGGCGUGUUGAAAACGGCUUUGCAAGAGCUAUGAAAGAGAAAUACGCUUUCAUCUGGGACUCUCCGACCGUGCGACACGAAACCGCAAACAAUUGUGAUUUAAUGGAAAUAGGAACGCCGUUUGAUUUAAAAGGUUACGGAAUAGCAACUCAAAAGCAUUCAAUAUACUCCGAGGAACUGUCUAUGGCCAUACUGGCCUUAAAUGACAAUGGCAUUCUCUACAGACUUGAGGGGAAGUGGUGGCGUCGACCAAAUUGUCCCGACCAUCGUUCCAAUGCCAAAAGCAAAGCGAUCGAGAUUGAGGUCGCCUCUGGUAUGUUCAUUGUCUUGCUGUGUGGGAUCGGGUUCUCGGCUGUCGUCUGUAUUGUGCAGUACAUCGUCCACAAACGCUGCACCAAAUGUAGAGACUACUGCGAACCACGAGAGGAGGAGAUACAAACCAAUCAUAAUCACGUGACUACUUCCAUUGACGAUCAUAUUGACGAGACGACAGUCGCGUUGGCCAGGACACUGAGUAUCGGCGAAAACUGCGUCAUGUCAAAUAAAUGGGAGAAUAACAUAAACUGUCCAAAUUCAUCUGUAACCUGAUGAGACUUCGUUGAAUUAUUAUGGCCACAGAUAAAUAUGAUGAACAAGUUUUGAUCUUGUCUUUAAUGCAGUUCUACGACAUGACAUUUGUGUGACGAGCUGACAUUAUCGGUCCAAGAAGGUGGCCAGGAAGAUACCAACUCCAUCGCUAUGGGAUGGCUGAUGAAAGCUGUUGGUGUUUCGAAACAUUGUACCUUUUUGUUACUUUACCGAAUGCCAUAAAUACAAAGUGUGUAUACAUGCAUAAUAUAAUAAACACAGGUCAUAACUGUAGGGAAGAUGAUGUAGCUUUAUAUGCAAAUGUUUUCCUCCACCUUAUAACAAAAGUUUUUGUAUCAAUGGUGCAGAAAUUCAAAGUGUCGUCAAACGUGUUAAAGAACGGCCCGAACACUGGGCAUGGGACAGGAAUCUAUUUUACAUCUGAGUCACAUUUUACACUACCUGAGCACAUGAUGCUAUGGGAGCCUCCGUCAUGGAUACGAUUUCCUAUUCAUGGACUUUUGCUUCAGCAAAACUUCUCAAAACUGAAAUAUGCUCGAUUAGCGAUAUCUUUUGCUUUUAGAUAUAUUUAAAGUCUUGUCGAUGCAUGCGUGCCAAAAACUUACAGCUUGUAAACAUGUCCGUCAAACUACUUUCUCUCCUGUUAAUGAGGGGUGAGUACUAUAUGCUAGAAGCAAACGAUGUUAUUCCCAAAACUACCAUGCAAUAUAUGAGUUUUAUUACGAAAUAAUUUAAUGUAUAAUUAUUUGUUUUAGUACCUCUAUCAAAUGCCAAAUAUCUAUAUAUUGUAGUCAGAGAGGUUAUAUAACUACAGGUUAAUGUGGUCUAUGUCAUUAGUAAUUUUCCAUCAGUCGUAAACUAAACACCAUGCUGAUAAUUAAGUGGAUUUUCACAGUCCGGGUGCAUUUGCUGAACGUUUUAAGCGUUCCGCACCAUGCUAUAAUAACAGACAAUUGACAACACUCUGCACUGUCUAAACUAUCAAAGGAAAUUAUUAUCAUAAUACGCUUUCAGGUAUUGCUGUGACCUUUUCUCUUCCACGUCAUAAUGUAUAGUCUUGGUUUAUCAUAGACGAUCGAAAAUUUGGUGGAACAAAAGCACCAGACAAAUAACAUAAACACGCCUAUACAAUUUGGACAGACUAGAUAAAAAAACUCAUAAACAAAACACUGACUUAUUGUUAUCAUUAUUUAUAUAACGCUCUUUGAACUUUUGAUAGAUCAUUUGUAGAAGCUAGGUACCAAUAUAAAUGUAAAAUAGUUCAGAGAAAACUCUUUGUUUAUGUUUAUAAUUCAGUUAUAAUGUCAGAUGACCAGUUAUCCAUUAAAUCAAGAAUAUCCGUCAAGUCGUAUUAUUAGUAAAAUAAAUAUUUAGUAAAAUAGGUCAUCUGCCAGAGAGUCUUUAACGGUAGCUAAUGAAUAAAAUAGGUCAUCUGCCAAAGGGAGAUUUUACGGUAGCCGUUGAAUAAAAUACGCCAUCUGCCAAAAAGUGGUUGUCCGGUUAGCUUAGUGGUUAGCGCACUCGCUUCUCACCUAGGCGACCCGGGUUCGAUUCCCGGCUUGGGCGCAUGUGAGUUUGGUUUGUGGUCACCAAGCCGGACAAGUGGGUUUUCUCCGGGUUCUCCGGUUUCCCCCACAACACACUCUCGCGUAAAAUCGUGCCAACGAGAGUGAUUAAUAUAAUGUUGUAAUAACUUGUUUCACAAUCGUUGUAAAAUAGAUAUGUUUAAACUAAGUGGUUUUACGGUAGCUAAGGAAAAAAAUAGGUUUUCUGUCAAUGUGUCAUUUAACGAAGGCUAAUAAAUGAAAUAAGUUAUCUGCCAAAGAGUCCAUUUACCGUAGCCAAAACAUAGUAUCUGCCAUUGGGUCGUUUUAAUAUAGCUAAUGAAUAAAACAGGUUUUCUGCAAAGCAGUCAUUUAAUUGUAGCCAGAGUCAAUUGAGGCCAAUUAAUAUUAUAAACAGGGAUUAUAAGUUGUUUAAAUUGAUUUGGUUCUGCAAAAAAUACCUUCUCCCGGGCGUAUAAUUUAGGAAAACCCUCAUGAACUAUUAAUGAAACUGUAACAUGCUAGGGCAUUCAAUAAUGAAAUAAUUGAGAGCUUUCAUACAAAAGGGACUUAAUUCUUGUAUUAUAAUUACAUUCAAUGAUUAUUGAAAAUAACUACAUCGGCUUAAAUAAAUGAAGUACUAUGAUUGUUACCUGCCCGUUCCGCUAAUGUUUUCAUCUUUUUUGUUUGUUGUUUAUUGAUAUAAAUAUCCUAUUUUCAAGAACAACAUACUAAGUAGACUAAAAAUGCAUUUAUUUUAAUGUAAAUUAUUUAUUUGUACAGUAUAUAUUAUAUAUAGUUCAUGUAUGUGUGUCAAUUGUGAUUUGGGAUGUUAUGUGUAUAGUUAUAAAGUAUUGACUUUUGAAAUAUGUAUAGCAUUUCUAGUGCUAGAUUAAAAAGAUUUUGCAAGAUAUUUCACGUUAUAAGUCAUUUCCAUUUGGGUACAUCUUUUCAUGCAACCAUGACGUUAAUAAAUGUUCUUCGCAUGUUUGGAUCAUAUUUAUUGGGUUUGCAAUAAAAUGAAACUCAUGUCUUGAA